UUCGGGAAUCUUUAGACGCUUGACAGGAAAGGUUAGCCGAAGCUAGAUUGUGAACUUCGAGCCAGUAGCUGACGAUAAACCGCUUUAAAGACGACCUCUGCUAUGGAAAUAUAUACAGCAGAGGACAUAUAUAUUAUCUAGCUUUAUAAGCCGCUUUAUUUUAUGCCAACUUUAUUACAACAACUUAUGAAUAAAGGCCGAGGAGGAGUUUUUUUACUCUAAACAUCUGUGAUGAUCGAAAACCAACGGAAGUAACUCAGUCUGCCUGACGAGUGUCUGGAUGCCAACGCUAGCAGUCAUGGAGCUGGGCAGGCAACUGUGUGGGAAGAUGAAGAAGCAGAAGAAGGCUGAGCUGACAGUGGCUGCUGUCAUGAGAGGCCUGGAGAUUCACUUCUACCUGCCCGACACCAACCAGCUUGAGUACUUUAAAGACUGCCACACUGCUGAGGACCUGUGUGUAGAGGCUGCCAAGAAAUGUCGUAUUUCACCCCUGUGCCACAAUCUGUUUGCGCUGUACGAAGAGAGUCAGAACCUCUGGUAUGCUCCAAAUCACGUAUUCAAGGUCACUGAAGACACCAGUAUUAAGCUUCAUUACCGAAUGAGAUUCUAUUUUACAAACUGGCACGGCACGUCUGAAAGCGAUUCUCCAGUGUGGCGGCAUUCUUUGAGCAAACAGAAGGGCGGUUUAAGCACUCAGAAAAGCCUCAGCGGGACGCCUCUGCUGGACGCUGCCUCGCUUGACUACCUGUUUGCUCAGGGCCAGUAUGACUUCCUAAGGGGUCUGGCUCCAGUGCGCAGCCCCCAGAAUGAGGCAGAGCUGCAUGAGAUUGAAAACGAGUGUUUGGGAAUGGCUGUGCUAGCCAUCACUCACCACGCCAAGAGCAACAACCUGCCCCUGUCUGGAUCUGGUGCUGAAACCAGCUACAAGCGCUUCAUCCCUGAAAGUCUCAACCGCACCAUCAAGCAGCGCAACUUCCUGACCCGCCUGCGCAUCAGCAAUGUCUUUAAGAACUUCCUCAACGAGUUCAACAGCAAGACCAUCAAGGACAGCAAUAUUUCUCUUUAUGACCUGAAAGUGAAAUACCUCUCCACCCUGGAGACGCUGACGUGGGGUUUGGGCAGAGAGGUGGUGGAGACCAAGAGUCUGCGGUUGUCCGGGGAGGGGGAGGGCUCACCUGUCCACACGUCCAGCACGAGAGAAGAGGGACUGGCCUAUGAGGUGCAGGUUUCUGGCACAGUUGGCAUAUCCUGGAGAAAGAAGCCCCAGCAGAAUGUCCUAGCUGUCAAAGACAAAAGCAAAUCACGGAAGAACAAGACGGACAACAAGCAGAAAAAUGACAAAAUAAAAGAUGCCAGCAAUGGAUGGAUCCUCUUCUCAGAUUUCUAUGAAAUUACUCACAUCGUCACAAAGGAGUCCAGUGUUACCAUUUACAAACAGGACAACAAGACCAUGGAGCUGGAGUUGGCUUAUCGUGGAGAGGCUCUGGCCUUCGCUGCUCUGGUGGACGGCUAUUUCAGACUGACUGUUGACGCUCAUCAUUAUCUCUGCACAGAGGUAGCACCCUCUUCUGUAGUGCAGAACCUGCAGAAUGGCUGCCAUGGACCCAUCUGCACAGAGUACGCAAUUCACAAACUGCGGCAGGAAGGCAAUGAUGAGGGUACCUACGUUCUGCGCUGGAGCUGCACAGACUACGACAAUAUCAUCAUGACUGUUGUCUGCAUGGAGCUGGACCUCUGCGAGUCCAGAACCUUUCCCCAAUAUAAGAACUUUCAGAUCGAGGUGAGCAUGCUGGGCUAUAGGCUGUAUGGAACAGAAACAUUCAGAGAGAGUCUGAAGGAACUGCUGGAUCACCUGCAGGGCCAGAGCCUGCGGACAGAGAAUGUACGCUUCCAGCUGCGUCGUUGCUGUCCACCACAACCCAGAGAGAUUUCCAACCUUUUGGUGAUGACCACAGACCGAGAGCCCGUCCCUCAGAGACAGCCUCAAGUUAGCCAGCUGAGUUUCCACCGCAUCCUUAAAGAAGAGAUUGUCCAGGGGGAGCACCUGGGUCUGGGCACCAGGACCAACAUCUAUGCAGGUGUGCUGAAGAUGAAGAGUGAGGACGAUGAUGAGUUUGGAGGCUACGGGAAUUCGCAGGAAGUGAAGGUGGUGCUGAAAGUACUGGGAUCUGGACACAGAGACAUAUCCCUGGCCUUCUUUGAGACAGCCAGCAUGAUGCGACAGGUUUCACACAAACACAUUGCCCUGCUGUAUGGAGUGUGUGUGCGUCACCAGGAAAAUAUCAUGGUGGAGGAGUUUGUGCAGUUUGGUCCUUUGGAUCUGUUCAUGCGCAGACAGAUGACUCCUCUCAGCACUUCAUGGAAGUUCCAGGUGGCCAAACAGCUGGCAAGCGCUCUGAGUUAUCUGGAGGAUAAGAAGCUCGUUCAUGGCUAUGUGUGUGCUAAGAACAUUCUGUUGGCUCGAGACGGUUUGGACAGUGAAGGCGGUCCCUUCAUCAAGCUGAGUGACCCUGGCAUCCCUAUUACUGUCCUCACAGGGGAGGAAUGUGUGGACCGGAUUCCAUGGAUCGCUCCCGAGUGCGUGCAGGACACUGCUAACUUGAGCGUAGCGGCAGAUAAGUGGGGUUUUGGCACGACUCUGUGGGAGAUAUGCUAUAAUGGAGAAACGCCUCUCAAAGAAAAGAAACUCACAGAGAAAGAGAGGUUUUACGCGGCUCAGUGCCAGUUGGCCACACCGGACUGUCAGGAGUUAGCCAAGCUCAUGACCCACUGCAUGAAUUACGACCCGCACCAGAGACCGUUCUUCAGGGCCAUCGUCCGAGACAUCGACAUGGUGGAGAAACAGAACCCCUCCAUUCAGCCUGUGCCCACACUGGAGGUGGACCCCACAGUGUUUGAGAAGAGAUUCCUGAGGAAGAUCAGAGACCUGGGAGAGGGGCAUUUUGGAAAGGUGGAGUUGUGCCGCUAUGACCCGCGUGGUGACCGGACAGGGGAACUGGUGGCGGUGAAGUCCCUGAAACCAGAGAGCAGAGAGGAACAGAGCAGCAACCUCUGGUGUGAAAUCGACAUCCUGAGAGAGCUCUACCAUGAGAACAUCGUCAAAUACAAGGGCAUCUGCCAGGAGGAGGGUGGCAGGUCCAUCAAACUUAUCAUGGAGUACCUGCCUGCAGGCAGCCUGAAGGAAUAUCUGCCCAGAAACAAAGCCCAGACAGAUCUGAAGACCCUGCUCAACUAUGCUGUACAGAUCUGCCAGGGUAUGGAUUACCUGGGCUCUCGGAAUUACAUCCACCGAGACCUCGCUGCCCGGAACGUUCUGGUGGAGAAUGAAAGCACGGUGAAGAUCGGAGACUUCGGCCUGACUAAAAGCAUUAAAGACAACGAAGGCUAUUACACAGUGAAGGAUGACCUGGACAGCCCCGUCUUCUGGUACGCUCCAGAAUGCUUGGUUCACUGUAAGUUCUACAGAGCGUCGGACGUCUGGUCAUUUGGAGUGACCAUGUACGAGCUCCUGACCUACUGCGACGGCUCGUGCAGCCCCAUGCCGGUUUUCCUCAAGAUGAUUGGCCCGACCCAAGGCCAGAUGACUGUCACCCGAUUGGUCAGAGUUCUGGAAGAGGGGAAGAGGUUGCCCAAGCCAGAGGGCUGCCCAGAGCAGGUGUACGCUUUAAUGAAGAAGUGCUGGGAGAGCACACCUGACAAAAGGAUAGACUUCAAAGGCCUGAUCGCAGCCUUUCAGCAGAUGCUUGGCGACAGCAUGUAACCAUGGAAAUGUGAUGUGCUAUAGACUACACCUCCCUUACCAGAGACAAUGCGAGAGGUCAGCGCUAUGACCUUUUUCUAUAUCAAAAAACAAGAAGAAGAAGAAAAAGAAGAAGAAGUUUUCACUGCUUGGAUCGUCAGUCACAUUACAUCUUCUUAUAUUCUUGUAUUCACCCACUGUAUUUCACCUUAUUUACCACAUAGAGACACUUAAUAACGAUCCUGCUGCUGAGGAACAUCCAGCCAGCUACUAAACUGUUAAAUGACUGAACUGGUUAAAAGGAUAAAAGGUUUAACGGUUACUCGAAUGAACAGCAGGGGGCAGCAGAUAGACCUCUGCACUCUGCAAGUGUGCAGGUGGAGAACUAUCAGUCAUUUACUUCAUUCAUUCAUUACAGAUAUUCCUCCACAUGUCUUGCUUGUUUAUGGAGAGUCUGAAGCUGUGAUCAGACUGCCAGUCCGAAUCUGAUUUGGUGUAUCUGGAUCCAGAUUUUUAAUAGUCUGAACAGCCAGAAACUACAUGAAAUCUGCUUAUUAGGUCUGAAUCUGAACUAGAUUGUUGUUUUAGAUUGUCUGUCCGAGCUCGAGACAAUGACCGACCUGAACUCCCACCACUUUCCUUGAGUCAUGAUGGAUGUGCUCAAGAAAAUGGUCUGUGAGGUAGUCCUAGUUUUUUUAAGGCCUACUUUUAUUUUAUGUAAAGCUACGGUUUGAUAGUCACAAUAUAGCAAAGUAACAGGUCACACUGAGAUCGUAAAUAAAAAAGUGACAAUGUUAUGAUCACCAUGGCCUGGCACUGGCCUGCACAGUGAGCACACGCAAGCAUCUCCACUCCACCUUCCACGUGGCUGAUUUAAAAGCUCCGCACAUCAGCCAAUCGCUGUGCUGCACAGCUCAGAUUCAGGAAGUACAGUGACCUGAAACCCGGAAUUGUAGUUAAAGGUCAGUUUUAACGCUCUACUCACUAAACAAUGUGGGGUUUAAAUCAAGCUCGGGCUCAUAAUGACAGUUUAUGGGAUGAGCCGAGUCAGGCUCGGGUUGGUCAUGCUGAAUUGACUUCUCAAAUCAAAUCAAAUCGGUUUUAAACUUUUUUUUGUGUCGCUCACAAUGCAACAAACAACAACCCCAUCAAAUCCACAUUGUCGUGAAUCCACAAAGUGUGGGGGUCCAAGAAUGGCACCAACCUCGUUAUUACAGCAACCCAUGCAAGAUGCGAUGUAUGUUUGUGAUGUUCAGACACACAAAUCCGAUCUGAUUAUUUGUACAUUACAGUGCGGACAGUCAUCUCGUCAGAUCAGAUUUGAGAACCGAAUCGGAUUCGCCUGCAGUCUGAACACAGCAUAAAUUCAGAGCACUCUGUAAGUCUAUGGGACUAUGCUAGAAGGGUUCUGAUUUACUUUCCUCUGUUGAUCCUGAUUUGCUUUUCUUUUUAAAGAGCUGAGUGUGUCUGUUUUUAUUUUUAUUUUUUUCACUUUUAAUUUUCUUAAUUUUUAUUUUGUGUAAUGUGACACAGCCAUAAUGAGGAUGUGUCUUGUUCAGUGUCUUGAGUGUUUGGGAAUUGGUCAUUAGUUUCAUCUGUAUCUGCAGUCCAGUGCAGCAGUGUUUGCGGAACUGUGUACGUUUCCUAUAAGACAAAUUAAUCAAGAUUACCAGAUUUCCACAUUGCCAAGAGUUAAGUAGCUAAUGGCAGAAUUAUGCUGAUGUAUAUUAUUUGCGUGUAAAUGAUGAGAAAACUCAAUGCAUUACUUUUCCAGUGCAGUCUCUGCGUAAGAAAAAGACUGGUAAGAUCUGGUAAGAUCUGCUUAUGAAGCUGAAUCUUUGAAAUAAAUAAAUAAAUGAAUGAAAUAAAAAAAUGGAGAACACAUCUUGCAUCUACACUGAGGAACAGUGAUAAAGAGGGAGAGAGGCAUCAGAAGACAGAGACAGGUGCCUCCUUCCUCUUUCCUCGUGGUCUGGAUUGCAGUGGACAGUUGCAGGCGUGCAGAUUUACAGACUAUUACAGUGCUAUAAUACUUCAAGAACGCAGGGCAUCGCUGUGCUCCCAGCUCCUCCUCCUCCUCCAGCACGAGGACGCAGCAGACUGAAAUGGACAUGUAUGCUGGGCUGUGGGAGGAAGAGUGAUUGAUGUGCAUUGUGAAAGACAUUGAAUGCCUACAACAAUAGGCACUAGAGGACAGUAGAGAUUACCGAAUGUCAACUAUUAUCUUAUAUCUAAGAAGACGUGUAUUCUUGCUGAAAUCUUGCAUAAAACUGAAAUAUCCUGAAAAAAAAGCCCUUGUAAGUCUGGGAAUAGCUGAGCCUGAAUAUUUUAUCAUUUUUAUCUUCAGAAAUUAAAAGCAAUGUAUCACA